GAGGGAGGGAGGGAGGGAGGGAGAGAGAGAGAGAUGUCGCAGGUUCUUGUUUACGCCGCUAAUAUGGCGUUGCCCACUCCAUGUCUCAAAGUGAGGUACCCUUUCAGCCUGCGAACAACCAGUUUCUUGGAACAACGGCCUUUUUGCCGCCUCCAACGGCUUUCAUCCUUCCGGCUUCUCCGAUGUCUUCCUCCUAUAACGAAUGGUUUCCUGCCGGCAUUUGAUUUCCAAGGUGGCAAAGGAAUGAGUGGGUUCCUUGAUGUUGAGCUCAAAGUCCGUGACUAUGAACUGGAUCAGUAUGGUGUUGUAAACAAUGCGGUCUAUGCGAGUUACUGCCAACAUGGUCGUCAUGAACUCUUUGAAACAAUUGGCAUCAGCCCAGAUGCAAUUGCUCGCACCGGCAAUGCAUUAGCACUAUCAGAGUUAUCCCUUAAAUACCUUGCACCUUUAAGAAGUGGUGACCGGUUCGUCGUGAAGGUCAGAGUCUCUGGCUCGUCGGCUGCUCGCAUAUUCUUUGAGCACCUCAUCUUCAAGCUACCCAAUGAGGAGCCCAUUUUGGAAGCAAGGGCCACAGGAGUUUGGCUUGACAAAAAUUAUCGGCCUGCCCGUAUUCCACCGGAGAUAAGAUCGAAGUUUGUUCAGUUCCUUCGUAACGAGGAAUCAAAUUGAUUUCACCAUAGUAGCUCAAAGCAGAAGGGGUGUUUUCGUAUAAAGUGCUCAUUUGGAUGUGUUUAAGUCGCCUACAUUUGCUUACAAGAGUAUUGUAUCAUGUAUUCUGUUGACUCCUUCAGCCCAGAGUACCAUUUCAGUUUAUUAAUCUCUGUUCCACAUCUGUGAACUUGUUUUAAGUUUUUUUUUCUAUCUUUCGAAAACAUGCUAAUUAUGUUUGACUUAAUCCAAUUCGAGUUUUAGAA